CGUACGUCUCAUAGAAGUUUGAAACUGACGAAGGGACAAAAAUAUUUAUAUAAAAGCCGACGCAAGGGCGCUAAAUACAAACGUACCAUCAAUAAAGUGUGAUUUAAAAUUCCUAUAUUUAUGAAAGCAUCUUCACAGUCAAGAAUCUCUUGGUAAAUUCACGCCAGUUGCAUUUAUUUAAUGAAAAUAAGUCGAGAGCUAGCUGCUAGCAUGCUAACUGCGCAGCUUUAGCAGUCUCCAUCAAAUCAUUGACUGUUAUUGUGUUUACUAUAGAUUUAUAAAACAAUACAGCUGUGCUGAGCCCGUAAAACGCCGUAUUUAUUUUUGACGAAUGGCUCCUCGGUUGCAGCUGGAAAAAGCUGCUUGGAAGUGGGCAGAGACGGUCAAACCAGAGGACAUCACACAUGAACAUAUUGAGUUAGCUUAUAGGAUUGCCGUGCUGGCAUGCAAAAGGGGGACAUGCAGGAGGAACUGUAAAGGAAAUCCUAAUUGUCUGGUUGGUAUUGGGGAGCAAUCAUGGUUGGGAGAAAUCGAUGAAAAUGCCUUCCACAGCAUCGAUGACCCAAAUUCAGAAAGACGAGAUAAGAACACAUUUGUGGGCCUGACGAAUCUUGGUGCCACAUGUUACGUGAACACGUUCCUCCAGGUGUGGUUCCACAAUUUGGAGCUUCGCAGAGCCUUAUACCUGUUUCAGAAUUCCAGAGCAGAAGGGCACAACACGGAUUCAGAUUAUGAACCACGGACGAUAUGUGAACAUCUCCAGUAUCUGUUUGCAUUGCUACAGAACAGCAACAGACGGUAUAUCGACCCCUCGGAGCUGGUGAAGGCUCUUGGGCUCGACACAGGACAACAGCAGGAUGCUCAGGAAUUCUCCAAACUCUUCCUCUCACUUCUCGAAGACACACUUUCAAAGCAGAAGGACCCAAAUCUACAAAAUGUCAUCCAACAGCAGUUCUGUGGACAGUUCUCUUAUGUUACAGUAUGCAACAAAUGUGGACGAGAGUCUCCUCUACCGUCACGCUUUUAUGAGCUAGAGUUGAACAUUCAAGGACACAAAAACCUCACGGAGUGUGUUACAGAGUUUCUUAAGGAGGAGAAGCUGGAAGGUGAUAAUCGCUACUAUUGCGAGAGCUGUCAGAGUAAACAGAAUGCCACGCGUCGGAUCAAGCUCCAGAGUCUUCCCCGCACACUCAAUUUUCAGCUCAUGCGUUUUGUUUUUGAUAGGCGAGUAGCAUAUUUCAUCAAUUAUCAGACCUGUUACCAAAUAUUUUAUAGACAUUUUAAUAAUUUCUUUCUCUGUUUUUAUAGGCAAAGUGGUCAUAAAAAGAAGCUCAACACCUUUAUUAGUUUUCCUGAAGUUCUUGACAUGGGGCCAUUUUUGGAAGGAAAAGAAGAGGUGUGUACAUAUGAGCUCAGUGCGGUGUUGAUUCAUCGUGGCGUGAGUGCAUACUCUGGACACUACAUCGCUCAUGUAAGAGACGCCCACACUAAUGACUGGUACAAAUUCAAUGAUGAAGAGAUCGAGAAAAUGGAGGGCAAGAAACUUCAGCUGGGCAUUGAGGAAGACAUCGCCGAGACCGCCAAGUCUCAAACCCGAAAGCCAAAAUGUAGCAAAGGCUAUCACUGUUCGAGGAACGCGUACAUGUUAGUGUAUAAACGACAGACAGAAGAGAUUGAACAAACAGAAACUAACGUUGAAGUACCAGCUUUCCUCCAGAAGCUGGUUGACCAGGACAACAAGAAGUUUGAGGAGUGGUGCAAUGAAAUGGCAGACAUGCGAAAGCAGAGUGUUGACAAAGGCAAAGCCAAACAUGAGGAGGUGAAGGAGCUCUACGAAUUGUUACCCACGGAAGACGGCCUGUCGUAUGAGUUUGUGCCUCUGGAGUGGCUCAAGAAAUGGCUUGAUGACUCCACGUCCAUCAAGGAAAUUGACAACAGCCAGUUCCUGUGCUCCCACGGCAAACUGCACCCAGACAAGAUCGGAGAGGUCAAAAGAAUAUCUUCGAAGGCCGCUGAUCUUCUUUUCAGCCGCUACGGAGGCGUUUCUAGACUAGGCCAGUCCUCUCUCUGCAGAGACUGUGUCACUCAGCGAUGUCGGGUGAUCAGACUGAAGAACCAGCUGAAUGAAGACUACAGAGAGGUCAUGAAUCUUGUCAAAACUUCCCUGAAAAGUGAUGAAUCAGGUUUCUGGAUCGGUAAGGCUUCUCUAAGGAGCUGGAGACAGUUGGCAUUAGACCAGCUAGAGGAAGACGAGGAGGAAACCAAACACAACAACAGCAAAGUUAACGGAGAGAAAAGUAGCAGUGCGGCAGCUAAAGCCGAUGGAGUUAAAGGAGAUAAUGAAGACAGGGAUGGUGAAGAGAUGAAGAACUUUAAUGAAGACAUUCUCUGUUAUCAUGGUGGUCUGAAUAUACUAGAGAAUGACAGGCGGCUGGUUUCUGCUGAGGUGUGGAAUAAACUGCGGAUGUAUUUCCCCAAAGCUCCAGAAUUCACGCAAAAUAACGAGGCCUGUCAGCAAUGCAUGAGGCUGGAAAGAGAAGGGAAAGAAAAUGAGGCUUUGAAUAGAAUGAUGGCAAACGAACAAAAGAGCUCCCUGCUCAACCUCUUCCAGGAGAAGAAUCGGCCCACACUGCAGAAAUGGCCACAGGAGACAGAUGUUCUGUAUGUUGUACCCCUUUACUUUGUAGAUGAAUGGAGGAAAUUUAUCAGGAGGCCAGCAAAGAGCAACCCAGUGUCCAAUGUGGGGAACAGUCUCCUGCUCUGUCCUCACGGAGGCUUCAUGUUCACAUAUGACUCCAUGCUGCAAGGAGACGCUCAGCAUAUAGCACUUCUCUGGCCUGAUGAAUGGGAGGUGAUCAGCAAAAUGUUUCUGGUGGACCAGGCCAUCUCCAUAUGUCGGAUUCAUGACAAAACACAAGACAAUGGCAAUGUCCUAUACCAGACUCAUCCAGAUCUGUGUCGGGAAUGCAGAGAAGGCUUCAUAUUCCAGCAGCAGAGGGACAUGAGGGAGUACGCACAGGCCACGGUGUAUGUCCGCAAAGUCACGGACAAGAAAAGGGAAUCAGCUCCUGAGUUCAGUGUGAGUGGGUCAGAUGUAGAAGACGAAAGGGAAGAGCCAAAGAUGGAUGGAGAGAAAGAUCCAGACUUCAGUCAGUCUGAGGUUGGAGCCAAACGGCAGAAGCUGGAUGAGAGCACCUCUCUUUCUAUGGUCCCUGUGAACGCCGCUUCCAAGUCAGGCAUCAGGAGGAGCACAAGGCACAGGAAACUCCGUGGGGAGAAAGCCCUCAUAGUCUCUGCCAACCAGACACUCAAGGAGCUGAAGAUCCAGAUCAUGCAUGCAUUCUCUGUGGCUCCAUUCGACCAAAACCUCUCCAUAGACGGACGCUGUUUAACAGAUGACUCCGCCACACUAGGAAGUCUUGGAGUCAUCCCAGAGAGCAUCAUUUGCCUUAAGGCUGAUGAACCCAUUGCUGAUUAUGCUGCAAUGGAUGAUGUUUAUCAAGUCUGUAUGCCUGAAGAAGGAUUUAAAGGCACUGGGCUGUUAGGACACUGAGUGAGGCUCCAGAUGUGGAACAAUGCUGACGAUGUCUGAGCAAGGAUAAAGCUUGAAUUACACAUAGAUGUUCAUUCUUGGGAAGUCUUUUUAUUUUCUUUUUUGGUUUUAUUUUUUAUUUUGUUGUUGAAUGUUGCAACAACUCAAAAGUGUCAUUUUGCUUUAAAACAUCAUGCUCGCUUUUAAUAUUGAAAGAUGUUGAUGCAUUCUGCAAGAUUUUGUGGUCGUACUUAACAUGACUGUGAAAAAUACGGGUCGAGAUUUCCUUAAAGGACGUUCCAUUUCAAGGAAAAUAAGAAUUCCUCCUUGUUUGUUGCAAUGUCAUGUUCAGAGAUUAUGGUCUGAUCAUAUUUUGUGUGUAAAACAGUAAGUCUCUGUAAAUUCUUUGUUGAAAAGAAGCUUGUGAUGGCACUGCAAUAGAGCUCGUACAUAUUUAAGAAUGCAUGAGCAACUUGAAUAUUAAAAAAAUAUUUAGUCUUUGUUUCGUUAAAGUAAAUAACCUCAUCAAAAUACCGAAGUGGAGAGGCGCCUAAAAAGAUGAGGAUAAAUAAGACACAUUUCCAGAAGUGGGAAAUAUUACAGCAUUGCUAAAUAGUUUAGACAUGUUCUGCUACUUGAAAUAUAAAGCAGGCAUUUGUGUGAACUUUUCUGUAUGUUCUUUCAUAUGGGCAAUAAAUAUUCUUUUUACAUCUUCA